GGGGAGCGCGGCGCGGCGGCGGCUGCCGCUUUUUGAUGCAGGGAACCCAACUGGUUUGAGAAGGCAGCAGAUUUGGUUAUGACUCUACCUGGUACUGCAGUAUUCACCUCAUCACAGCACCUUCCGCACCUUUGCAGGCUGACUACUUGAAGGUGGCAGACUUCUGGGUCUUCUCAUCCCAUGCCUCUCCUCAAAUAAAAGGAGGGGGAAUGAUAUCACUUGAAGUGUCUCUGAUAACGUUUGAGAAGUGCUAGCAGUCCUGAUACAAGGGAGGGGCUUCAGUCUGAAACCAAACUGUUUGUUGGUCGUGGAGGGGGAGAAGCUAAUGUAAAUGCAGAUGACCAUGCAGAAUGCAGUUCAGGUGUGGUUUGGAGAUGACCUUCCCUUAAGUCCCCGAAGUCCUCUGACUCCCAGGCACGGGCCAGGUUUGGCAGAUGUCUGCCUCUACGACCAAUGGAUAUCCGUGCGGCACGAAGCAACUUUGGUGCCUAUGCAAGAAGAUCUGUCCAUCUGGCUGUCUGGCUUGCUGGGAAUAGAAGUCAAAGCAGAACAGCUGCUUGAAGAACUUGAUAAUGGGGUUCUACUCUGCCAAUUGGUUGGGGUUCUUCAAAACACAAUUAAAAAAUGUUGUAGUUCAAAUAACUUAAGGAAUUUUCCUAUGAGAAAAGUUCCAUGUAAGAAGGAUGCUGCAUCAGGAUCUUUUUUUGCCAGAGAUAAUACAGCCAACUUUCUUAACUGGUGUAGGGCCAUUGGAGUUGAUGAGACUUAUCUCUUUGAAUCUGAAGGUUUAGUUUUGCACAAGGAUCCAAGGCAAGUGUAUCUUUGUUUGUUGGAAAUUGGACGCAUUGUAUCCAGGUAUGGAGUUGAACCUCCUGUACUAGUAAAACUAGAGAAGGAAAUUGAGCUAGAGGAAACGCUGCUGAUGACCUCUGGACCACCAUCACCUAUUAGUACAGCAAAGUCAUGUUGUCACCAUGGGGAGCUACAUGAGGCAGUUAAACAUAUAGCAGAAGAUCCUCCCUGCAGUUGUUCCCAUCGAUUUUCAAUUGAAUACUUAUCAGAGGGACGUUAUAGACUGGGAGAUAAAAUACUUUUCAUACGGAUGCUACACGGCAAGCACGUGAUGGUACGUGUUGGUGGAGGCUGGGACACUCUUCAAGGUUUUCUGCUUAAAUAUGAUCCGUGCCGAGUGCUUCAGUUUGCAACUCUGGAACAAAAAAUCCUGGCGUUUCAGAAAGGGGUCACCAGUGACAGCGUCCCCAACUCGGCAGCGAGAACUCAGGAGCCUCCUGUCAUGAAUCCAAUGUCAGCUGUCAGUAUGUUUCAAAAGCAGCCAUUGAAACCCCCUACUCCUGUUUCAGCUUUCGGGGCCGGUGCCAAGAAGGUUUUAUCUAAACGUCCUCAGUCCCCUGCCCUGGCAUCACCGAAAGUGCCGGUGCCCCUGUCCUCCACAGCCAAGCCAUUGACAGUCAGGUCCAAAUUACAAGGGUCUUCGGGGACAGGCGUGCAGUCUCCUCUCAGACCGUUAGCUGGCACCUCAAAGAAACCGGAGUCUCCUGCACACAACUCGGCAGCUUCUGCCCCUUCACAACCUGUAAGCAAAAGCUCUUCAUCUGCAGGAAUGAGAACGGCUCUUGUUCACGCUGAAACAUUGCGCAAACGUAUUCGGUCCCCCGAUGCUCCCAAGGUGAAAUUUGCCCUGGCUCAGAGCUCCCCGGCACCAGCGCUGCAUCCUGCCCUCUCGUCCUCUAAAAAACAGCCGUCUCGCUUGCCUGGGACAGCUGAAACGAUGGCUUCAAAGCAGAAGCAUGUUGCCGCUAAAUGCAAACCAGUAUCUGUCACUAAAACCAAAGCGAAUUCAGUUGCUCCGAGGGCUGCCCGGCCGCCUGUUACGAAUCUGCGUGCCGUUGCCAAGUUUGCACAUUCUCAGCAGCUCCUUGCCAAACCUCCUUCUGAAAACACUAUUCAGACAUCGGGAACUGGGUCUCGGCAUCCUCAGAAAGCUCCACAAACAGCUUCUGACCUGGCAAGGAACCUGAAAACGGCUUCAGUCCUAAAACACUCAGCUUCUGCACCUUCCCUUGUAGUUAGCAAAGCAUCAAAGUCACCACCUACACUGGUAUCUACAAGCAAAAAUGUAUCGUCAGGUGUCAAUAAGCAGCCAAAUGUCAGUAAACCCCCUCAGGUUGGACCCACUUCAUCCAAACCUCCUGAACGCACUCCCUUAUCUGUUGUACGACUCCCUCAAACUUCAGCCAAAGCAGCAGUGACCAAAAAGCCAAUGCAGCCUUCCACGAAAGGCCAGCCUACAGCCAAAAACUUGCAAGCAAAUGAAGGCUUGGCCCCAGCAGCCAAGAAGGCUCUCCCUAAGGGAAAAUCAGCAACAGCGUGUAACAAAGGGACACCUGGUGUGUCAAAAGGUCCUCUUACGAAGAGCAGGCAAGAUGAUCACUAUUUUGUUAUGACAGGGAGUAAAAAACCCAGAAAGUAAACUUAUUUGUUACUUUCUGUGGAAGUUUUAUUUCAUUCAAAACGGGCCUCUAGCAUCUGCUACGCUGAGGACAAGGAAGAAAGUUAAAUAACACUACAUUUACCAUGAAAUAUUAGAUAUAACCUACAUUUUGCUGCAUAACUUAUGGUAAGAACUGUAUUUAUUUUGCAGUUUAGAAUCUUCUAAUGGGCUAUAUUCAGAAGUGAGCUUGCUUGCUGUGGAGCGCCGUGGAACAGAGAAUCUCUCUGUGUGCUGCUAGCCUGACCUGCUGCGGGGAAGGUGGGAGAGAGGGAAGGGGAGCCAGGGCUGCUGCUUUUGCUGCCGCUUGUUUCCAAGGGAGCAAAGCCUGCCGGAGAAACACCUACCCAGGGCAGAGCCCGAGCGAUUCCGGUGGUUCUGGCACAUCUGCAUCAAGGCCUGUGGCAAGCGAUAGAGCUGUGCACAAGCUGUAAAAGUUCUAAUACCUCAAAUGAAGUUAUUUUUUGGGUUUUUUUUAGUUCACCAGUGUCUCAGAACCCAAAUUUGGGUCACCUGCGUGUAUUAGUAAGAAAGAAAUCUCUAGUCACGUUUAGAUUUGACAGCUGCCAUUACCAGUGUUCACUGUGCCCCCUAUAUGCCUUAAAGUGGCUUCAGCUCGCUUGGAAGUGGAGCCUUCUUGGUUUGUGUUAAGUUGGACAUGGAAAAUCGUGGCCUGGAUCGCUCUCACUUGUGCCUUAGCCUCUCAAAUUCAUGACAGAUCUCUUCAGUGAGCAAUGCUACUUUUAAAACCCUGGGCAGAUAACCUUGCUUAGUUCAUGUUCAAAUCUGACUAUAAGUGAGCCCCGUCUGUCUUAGAAAGCUCUUGCUGCAUGGAGAGAAGCUCCUGAGGUUCUGGGAGGGUGCUUUCCCCUGGGAUGGAGCCCCAGAGCAGCUCCUGCUCCUGGGAUGCAGAGCUGCAAGUACUGACCUGCACAGCCUUUACCGCUCUGCAGGAGUGGCCUUUUACAUGUAAAACUGAAUUGCUAAAUACUUCUUAGUGCCACAGGUUAAUUUUUGUGGGCAGUCUUAGUCUGCAGUGGCCUUUUAUCGUUUUAUUUAUCGAGACCUUCUUACUGGCUCUCAUGUAUUACUUUCUGGAGGUGUGGAGUAGUUUCCCGAGGGGGUGAGGGGGGACUACAUUUGCCUUUAAACAUCCAAAGGUGCCAAAAAGCUAUGCACUUGUUUACGCUCUUAACUCCUGAAGGCUUUCAGUGGGUUAAACGUCUGUGGUGCUUAACACCUUUACCCUUAACAGAAGUGAGUUUCAUGGUAGGUGAAUAAAAACUACUGUCUUUGGGGGUGGCCUUGUUUAGGAAAUUUUGGUUCUAAGGAACAGUCAUUCCUACAAACACCGAGGAGCUCUCAGGUUCUGUGAAGAGACACUGCUGACUUCCACGGACCAUCACUGCUGCUCUUCGCUCCAAGGAUAUUUACUUAUGAGCAGGAGAAGAGAUGCAUGGAAACUGCAGCUUCUGAUGUUGUAUAUUUAAUUAUUUUUUUAUUUUCCCCCUGGAUCUGGAGUAAGCAAGCAUCAUCAACUAAUGAUGAAUUCUCAUGCACAGUGGCAAAGUCAUUGAGCUGCCUUUCUGAGCACCUUGUUAGCUUUUUUUAUUUAUGAUUCUAUUUAUGCAUAUCUACUGUACAAUACUGCUUACAACCUGCUGGGAGUAAACAGUAAACCCCAAUAUCCGAACUGUAGGAGGAAAACAGAUCAGUUUUAAUUACAUGGACACAAGUCCCGCAAGCUUGCAUACAAAGUUGUAUGUUUGGGGAAGGCCUUAGGCUUACUCGUUUUAUAAAUACACUGGUCAAAGCCACUACUGCAAAUGUUAAGAAUAGCAUUGACCGUAGUGGACUGCUUUCAUGUUAAAUGAUAAACUUGGCACACAGCUUCAUAUGCUGAAAGCAUUUUACAGUAGAUGACUUGCUUUUGAUUUGGGGCUUCCAAAUAGCGAGCUACGAUGUGAUGUAUCUCAGAUUAGUAGCUGAAUAUUUGGGGUUUCUUUCUGUACCGGGUCUGACUGAGAUGGAGUUAACUUUCUUCAUAGCAUCCCAUAUGGUGCUGUGUUUCAGACCUGUGACUAAAACAGCGUUGAUAACACACCAGUGUUUUGGCUGUUCUUGCACAGGGACAAGGCUUUCUCUUGUUCCUCCUCUGCCCCCACAGCAAGUAGGCUGGGGUAGGCACCAGAUGGGGAGGGACACGGCUGGGACAGCCAACCUGAACUGGCCAAAGGGCUCUUCCGUAUCGUCACCCUCAGCAAUAAAAAUGGGGUAGAGCAAUAAGGAGGAGGUUGGUGGGGGUGCUUGCAAGUUUGCAGACUGGCUGGGCAUCAGUCUGCCUUGUGGGAGGUAGUGAGUGAUUGCCUUUGCAUCACUUGGUGGUUUGGUUUUUUCCUCUUUACUUGUUAAACUGUCUUUAUCUCAACCUGUGAGUUUUCUUGCUUUUGCUGCUCUUUUUCUCUCCUUCAUCUUGCUGGGGAUGGAGGGGGGAGAGAGUGAGCGAGCAGCUGUGUGGGUGCUUGGCUGCUGGCUGGGGUCAACCCACACCACCUUUCGAACUGUUUACAAGAUUUUUAGCAGUAACUUAAACACUGAGACUCUUGGAUCUCAGUGUAAAGCUGUCCCCAUAUAGAAUCAUAGAAUGGUUUGGGUUGGAAGGGACCUUAAAGAUCAUCUAGUUCCAACCCCCCUGCCAUGGGCAGGGACACCUCCCACCAGACCAGGCUGCUCAAAGCCCCAUCCAGCCUGGCCUUGAACACUUCCAGGGAUGGGGCAGCCACAACUUCCCUGGGCAGCCUGUUCCAGUGCCUCACCACCCUCACAGUAAAGAAUUUCUUCCUAAUAUCUAAUCUAAAUCUCCCCUCUUUCAGUUUAAAACCGUUGCCCCUCGUCCUAUUGCUCCACUCCCUGAUAAAGAGUCGCUUCCCAUCUCUCCUGUAGGCCCCCUUCAGGUACUGGAAGGUUGUUAUAAGGUCUCCCCAGAGUCGUCUUUUCUUCAGGCUGAACAACCUUUUUAAACUCUAACUUCAGAGAAAAUUAAGCAGAUGUCUUCGUCUUUGUGAUCCGUUAUCUCGUGUAAUAGACUGAAUUUUAUGGUUCAAAAUGAAAUUAAAAAAGGUAAGCUUUUACAGUUGAAACCUCUAUCAGCUUAUCUAAAGAUGGUUCACCUGUUACACGUGGAUAGGCUUGGUUUGGUUUUAUUACAAAAAUAGUAUAUUUGAGCAUGGUCUAACUUCUGUGUAUAUUGCAGUCUCCAACUUUAUAGUCAUAUUCUAACUAUAGGUGUCAUAUGUAACAUGAGGUGAGCCAAGAUUAAGAUGUAACAAAGUACCUCCUAAUGGAAAUACAUACUGGUUUUGCAAUGUUUACACUGCCAAAUAGCAAGUCUAAUAUUCAGCUUGUAUUACUUUUUGUGAGGGAAAGAUUACUUGGUACAAGAAUCUGACUGAAUUCUCCAUGUGUUAUCAAUGUCCUUCUGUACGAGUAC